AUGGUUAAUCUUCGUCCGUGCUAUAUUAACCACAAGGUGGCACGUUACAACCGGACCACCCCACCAUCCAUUCGUCUGCAUCAAAAACAAUUAGCAGCAAAAAGAGCGGCUAAACAAGUGGAGACUACAACUUCAACGACCGAGGCUAUCCCUGAUACUGUAUCCAGGGAUUUGCCGACCGCACCUUUACACUCGUCUCUACGUCGGUCGCUUCAGGCGUCCCAGCCUGCAAUGAACGGACAGCCGUCUGAUACUGAUGACGCAAUUUUAACAUCGGACAACCCUCCAAUAUAUGAUGAUAGUGAUGAUGACUCCCAACAAGACCAAGUUGGUCUUAGAAAUAAUUCUGAUCUAAUGAAUAAAACAAUUAUUGUACCAGUUUCAUCACCCUCCGCCCCAGUAUGGACAAGAGCGGCUAAAAAUCGUCGAGCCUUAUCCGCUAUUGACAACCCGAACUCUGCGGACAUUUUCUCCAUAGAAUACGAGGUUAAGGACUUGGACUGCUCGACUCAAACCAAAAAGGUUGUAAGGCUUAAUUAUUAUAGCUCAUUGUGGCUUGAUGAUUUGGACUCUGAUACACCUCAAUGGCAUUUCGAUAUUGAAAUUCAUCAUUCAGAAAAUGAUGAUGUUUGUUUGGAGAGCACCCCACCAUACAAAGUUGGGUCUAUGACUCGGGGUGAACUUUUUGACUAUGUGGACUCCUUUUUAAAGAAAUUCGAAAGUCGACCCCCUCUGGACCAGUUAGCAGAUAUUGAGGCUGAUCCAGGACUUAUGCUGGGCAGCAGUGUGUCGAUUAUUGGCGUUCCUCCCAAUUGA